UCAGAAGCAAGACUUAUUAAAAUGGCAACUGCAUCAGCAUCCAAUUGGCUACAUGUGGACAUCGGCGACGAAUCGCCGCAAGUCCUUUCAACUUUAUCCAGCUGUUUGACGCUCAGUGACGUCCAAUGUGAUGGAUACGUGCGGCUCCUGGCGGUGGACAUCUCCUUGGAGGAGGAUGAUGAGAUCAGUGCUAAGCUGAAAGUGUUUCGCGGACUGAAACUAAAGCAGGAGCAAUCACUGCCCGGUAUUCCAACUGCCAUUGAGAGCCUCUAUGUAGACGAAUCAGAGCCAAAGACGCCGGUAAUUGCAGUGGCCAUCGCAGAAUCCGUUCUGUUUUAUAGGCAUUUCAAGCCAUACUUUAAGUUUACCAUACCCGCCUUGGAUGCCGAAGAAUUGGAAUUGGAACUGUGGCGCAAACUGCCCGUUAUGAAACCGGAAACGCACCAGGAACUGCUGCAGUUGCUCAAGGAUGUUGAUCAUGCCAAAUUGUCACGUAAAACCCAACGCCUGCUGCAGCUGCCAGAGCAAGAGAGAGCCUCUUUCAUCAGCACUCACAAGGAUUCGCCCGUGGGCCGCAUCGGCAAUAUUGUGGCCAUGUGUUGUCUAAGGCGGGUGUCCAGCAAUGUCAAUCCCCCCUCGCACUUGGUGCUGGCCGUAGACACCGGUCGCGUAUUUGUUCUGGAGCCGCAGGGCUUCAAUUUGAUCUACCAGGCGAAAACGUGCAGCUAUGAGGCAGCUGUUCCAAGCCUAAUAUCCGUGCACGGGACUUAUGAGACGGAUUUUUGCAUUGUGAUUGGCACGCGCAAUGGCGGCGUCUAUUUGUUGCGCAAGUCCAGCAGCGAGGGACAGGAGAUCAUUAAGCUGUCGACACCGCUAACGGGUCUGAUACUGCUGCCCGUUGACCAGACAAUCGUUAUUACCUCCAUGGAGCCACGCUAUCUGUGCUACUCGAAGCGAGGCAAGCUGCUCUACCAGGUGCAACUGGAUGCGGCGCCCGUCUGCAUUUUGCCGCUGACGCUUACGCAUCUGGGCAUCACACUGGUGGCCGUGGCAAUGCAGGGCGGCCGAGUGAGUUUCUUUCUGCAACGCCAUGUUGUGGAUGAGUUUAUGAUGUCGCAGACGGUGGCAGCCAUGCUAUACGGUCGCAUGGGUAUGGAGGAUCAUGUCUUGACGCUGAUUACGCAAACAGGCGAGAUAAAUUUUAAGAUUCUGCGACGCGUCACACAUUUUGAGCCCGACAACAAAGUGCUGGCCUUGACCAGCAAAGGCUCAACAAAGUCGCACCCAAUUGUCGACUCCUCCAUAUUAGACAAGUCCAAGAAGAGCUCGAUAUUUGUGGAGCAGGCGGCGCGCGAAAAGCACCAGGCGAAAUCCAGCUAUGGCAGCUUUCAGGUGGAGCUGUGGCGUUUGCGGCACACUGCUGCACGUGCCACCUUAGAUGCCAUUAACUCCUCGGAGAGCACUAUUUCAGGUGAUCUGACGCAUGCGCCUGUCAAGCUUUCGGCAGAGGUUUGCGGCAGCGGACCCGCUUUUCGGCUUUACCUCACCGUUCAGAAUCUGUCCACAUUUAAGAUGGCCUCGAAUUUGGUGGUGCUGCUGCACGCAGAUCGACGUCACUACACCAUUCAGCAGUCCGUGGCAAGACUGCCCAGCGUUCUGCCUGGGAUACCGCUGCGCGUCGACUUUGAGGUUGUUGCCGUGCUGGAUGCUGUGGAUAAACUGCCACCGGCCAGUCUCACACCGGACAAUUCCCAGAUACGGGUGAUGCUGCUGAAGACAGGACAGACCAAGCCGCUCAUUGCAGCGGUUGUGGCCAUGCCGCAAUCGGAGGCAGCGUUUUAAAAGUGCUUCGCGAUUAAUUAGCUACUGUUUGUUGUUUUAGCAUUUAGGCGUAUUUGGGCGCAUAUUUCUCGUAGACCUUGAUGUAUGCUUCCUUGGCGGCAUCCUUGGACAAGCCCUUGUGUGAGCUCCAUGCCUCGUACAUGGCCUUCUUCUUCAGAUCCAGCAAGCCGGGCUUCUCAAUGUUGACAUCGCCAACGGUGGCCUGCUUGAAGAGACCGUAGAACUCGAGGAACUCGGCAUCUGUUGGCUUCUUGCUGAAGUUCUUGGCGAGUUCGCUUGCUUGCUCAAAGUUGACCAUGUUGCUUGGCUAGAGUACGAUACUGAGUGUGGCUAAAUGUUAUCCAGCUAGCUUCUAUUUAUAGUAAUCCAUUUUGGAACAAUCGUGUAAUUUAAUUAAAUUUAAAUUGUGCGCCAGGCUCAUGCUAA